AGUGUUUCCCAGUAUAGCGAUUUGAUUUAUUCUCUGUCGGAAUGUGUAGAAGAAGUCUCAUUUAGAUAAGUGGAUUGCAAUAUAUUUGAAGCGUUUCGUUCAUUUUCACAUGAUGGAAAAUUGAUUGCAAAUGUGAAAAAAUCGGUGAAUUGUACAGUAUAAUCUAUUGGCUGGGUUUUUGAAAAAUCCAUACCAAUAGAAUCACAAUGGACACCGCUUAUUCGGCAGAGAUAAUAAACAAAUUCAAUAGUAUGAAUCUGCGACCUAAAACGCGUAGCGAUCCUGAGUAUGGAAAGCUGACUCCAGACCAAAUCUUGGAUAUUCAUAGACCUAUUGAUGACCAAAGACCAAAAACUUCAUUCGUCCCGGCAAUAUGUAAUUUCCAAACUGCUCGGAAGAUGGCUCAAGAAAAUUUGGAGCACCAACCGCUACCAGACGCAGUAAUGGAUAUAGCAUUUAGAAAGGCUCAGGUGGCAGGGUCUGCUAAUCCUGGGGCAGCUCUGGAGGUUGGCCCAUACGCAACAGGUGUUGGAUGCAAAAAUUACAAAGCAGGACCUACAAAAUGUACCAAAUACAGAGUUUACCGACCAAAAACUUGUGGGGUUAUUCCAAAGCCGCUAAGUGCAUCUGGAUUGAAUGAAAGAAUUCCGGAUUUUAAGAAACGAGAGAAGGUUGGCGCCAUGGACUUGGCGAUAGGAUGGGACUACCGUACAAAACGAGAACCACGGCGCGCAAUCUAUAUGGAUGGAUCAAAACCAUCUGUUGCGCCACCAAUCUUCGAAGUCGUUGAAGCGCCCAAAGAGCUUAAUUUACCAAAUGUUGUUCAUUCUGGAGGGGUAUUUUCAAAUACUUUGGGCGAAGAAGACUUCUUUGAUCGCGACAUCAUCCGACAGCAUGAUGAGUAUACAAAAAAUUAUAACCUUGCUAACCGAUGCAAAUGUAAUGGAAGUGCAAAUUCUAAAAAGUCUAAUAAGUCGGCAAAAUCCGAACGUUUAGAAAAGUCUAAUCAUGGAAACAAAAACGAAGAGUUCAAUGCUACUGAAGGUGCUGAACUCCCUGAUCUUGCUCAACAAAGAUUUAAAGGUUCACCUAACUUGGCUCAAAUCACAGACCAAGAAGUUCGAUUGCAAAGUUCUAGGCACAGGUCUCCAGCUGAUAAACACAAGGACAAUAAAAUACCGCGCUUAUGCCAUAAUGCUCCGUCGGAUGAGAUGACAUACAAAGUACAACACGAGUUUAGGUGCGCUUUCAAAGCCGGAAUUCCGCAGAGUAACUCGUCGGGAACAGUUGCCAGCUUUGACAGUGGAAUAUCGAAUUGUUCCCAGAAGAAUGAACCAAAAAAACUAACCAUUCCCAAACCACGUGAUCCGUACAGUAAGAAGAACUAUAUUAUAGACACCCUAGCACCUCCAUUUGCAUUCUGGAAGAAAGGAUCAGGGUAUCCUGAUUAUUGGCGUUUGGUGAGCGUUUAUCAGCAUGCGUAUAAACCUGCUGAGAAACGAAAAUAUCCUUUGCUCAAAACGGUAUAUCAAUAGAAAAGUUCAUUUUGUUAGACAAUGUAUGAAACCAAUAGCGAAAUGUGCACAUUUGAUCAAAAUAAUAAAAAUUAUUGAGAUUAUUUUA